AUGGCGUCCCCCGUGGCAGCUCAGGCCGGGAAACUUCUGCGGGCAGCGUGGGCGCUCCGACCGUGCCUCCCCUUGGGCCAGUCCCAGGGUAUUCAGGUAACCUCCAGAAGAUGGCUGAACCUGCAGGAAUACCAGAGCAAAAAGUUGAUGUCAGAACAUGGAGUGAAGGUGCAGAGAUUCUUUGUGGCAGACACAGCCAAUGAUGCUCUCAAUGCUGCUAAGAGAUUGAAUGCAAAAGAAAUUGUUCUAAAGGCUCAGAUAUUAGCUGGAGGGAGAGGAAAAGGCACUUUCAAUAGUGGAUUGAAAGGAGGUGUUCAUUUAACCAAAGAUCCUAAAGUUGUGGGACAGUUGGCUCAACAGAUGAUUGGCUAUAAUCUUACAACAAAGCAAACGCCAAAGGAUGGAGUGAAAGUCAACAAGGUGAUGGUUGCUGAAGCCUUGGAUAUAUCCAGAGAAACCUACUUGGCCAUAUUGAUGGACAGAUCCUGUAAUGGUCCAGUACUGGUUGGCAGCCCCCAGGGAGGGGUUGACAUUGAAGAGGUGGCGGCCACUACUCCAGAACUAAUAUUUAAGGAGGAAAUUGAUAUAUUUGAAGGAAUAAAAGAUAGCCAGGCAGAGCGGAUGGCGGAAAAUUUAGGCUUUCGCGGUGCCCUGAAAACUCAGAACAGUGAUGGCAAACCUUUUAGAGACCAAGUGCCCAAUCACAACCCUUACACUGUAUUUGUGUGUUUUGAUGCUAAGAUAAACUUCGAUGACAAUGCAGAAUUUAGACAGCAAGAUAUAUUUGCCAUGGAUGACAAAUCAGAAAAUGAGCCCAUUGAAAAUGAAGCUGCCAAAUAUGACCUGAAAUACAUUGGCCUGGAUGGAAACAUUGCUUGCUUUGUGAAUGGUGCUGGGCUUGCCAUGGCAACCUGUGACAUCAUCUCUCUUAAUGGUGGGAAGCCAGCCAACUUCCUUGAUCUUGGAGGUGGAGUAAAAGAGGCCCAAGUGUAUCAAGCAUUUAAACUACUCACUGCUGAUCCAAAGGUUGAAGCGAUCCUGGUCAAUAUUUUUGGUGGAAUUGUAAACUGUGCUAUCAUUGCCAACGGUAUUACCCGGGCGUGCCGAGAGCUUGAACUAAAGGUACCCCUAGUGGUACGACUUGAAGGGACCAAUGUUCAAGAAGCCCAGAAUAUCUUGAAUAACAGUGGCCUUCCCAUUACUUCUGCCAGUGACCUGGAAGAUGCUGCCAAGAAAGCUGUGGCCAGCGUAAGACAAAAGUGAUGCCUUUCCCCUGGUGCCAUGAGGAAAAAAAAUGGCAGCCACAAAAAAAUGACCCACUUUGUUGAAUUGGAGAAAAUGGUUUGGGGUAUUGCUGAAUGCAUACCAUUGCGGGGGGAAGGAAGGGAGAAAUAAUCAAUGUUUAUACAUUACUUUUUGGAGUCAGAAAUUCUUGCAGCUUAAAUCCUUUGAAUUUUACAUAGAAUUGUUGUUUAAAAUAAUGAGUCCCCUUCUCCUUUAUCUUCCCAGAAAUAAGCAGUGUCUCAUAGACUAAUAAGAGCCAGUGAUGUUUAGAAAGAUGGAAGAUAGAGUGAGGAAUCUGAAUUUUGUCCAAACUCAUUUCAGAUACAAUUAGUCCAGUAAAAUGAAUAAAGCCACUGACUUUAGGUACUUUCUUUAUCUAAUUCCAAUAUAGUUCUCCAUCAUGAUAAUUAACAAAAAUAUAUAGCUGAUAUCCAAAUUUAUCGCCCAUUUUAAAGGGAUUUUUAGACAAGAUUGGUGAUUUUUAUCCAUGCUAUAUACUCAAUGAUGUUUUCAUUCUGCAUUUUUCUCACAGGGAAAAAAACACACUGAUAUCACACAUGUUCUGUUCUUUGCCUUAACAUGAAAUGUGUUGUAUACCUCAUACUAGCAAGAAAACCUAAAGCCUUAAGGUCACCCAAUUUUUAUAUGAAAAAUAAGGAUGUGUGAUUCUGGUGAAAAAUCAUUUCUGUCGAUUGCUUUCCAAGAGUGGCUGGAUGAUAGAUCAUGUCAGUUUAUGUGUGUAAUUUAGAAAAACGGUCAACCUAUAAUGAAAUAUGUGAGAGAUGCAAAGAAUGUAUCUUUUCUCAUAAUUCCGUCCAUGUAUGUUAGGGAAGGUUUUGAAUUGUGGAUUUGUAGAAAUUUUGGUUAAAAUGUUUUUAUCCAUUUUCAAAUUUUAAUAAAAGGCUUUGUUCUGUGAA